GGCCGACGGAUGGAGUAAAUCUUUUUGUAUUGCUCGGGUUGAAGGGAACCGAUUCAUGCAAGUCGUUUUCCUGUCACUAAAGCGUUUGCUUAGAAGAUGUCUCCCACUCUCGUCAAGCUCAAGCAUUUACUAGCGCUUCUGGAACUACUUCCAAGUUAUACACCCCACUUGAAGCUCGGUGCUAUUGCAAAAAUCAUUCUAACGACACUCUUGGUCCUCAAUAUCCGCGCUUUUCCUUUCGUAUGGCACUUCAGAGUUUUCCGACCAGUCUACUACGUCUGGGCCGAACUAUAUCUCAUACGAUUGAAAACAGUCUUCAAAUCGCCCUCGCAAAAGAGGCUGGCUAUUGACAAGUGGAUGGAGCAGAGGUCACCUAUUGGAAUGAGCCCGUUCGAGUUCAGAGGGACGUUUAGGUCUUGGGCUAGUAUUGACGAAAGCGAUUACAACUUCCAUCUCAGCAAUUCCAGCUACGCGAAAGUCCUCGAUGGUGCACGUUUCAAGAUCGCAAUACAGUUGUUCCCUCAGUUCUUCCGCGCUGGUGGAAGGAUGGCAUUAGCAGCAACCCACUUCUAUUUCAUACGCGAGAUCCCGAUUCUGGCAAAGUAUGAAGUGAGAAUGACGAUUGGUGCAUGGGAUGAGAAAUGGGUCUACGUCAUUUGUCGCUUUGUUACAAACCGCAAACGACCUCGGAAGAACGCUACCCCCCAGAAAACCUCCGAAGGAACGCAUUCCCUCAUACAUGCUCCCAUAGACGACACCAACAGUGGUUCAUCCUCUUCCGCUACGCCUCUUCCUUCCCAAAUGUCCGAUAACUCCGAUAACAUCGUCAAAGCCCUUACUGCGAAACUCGUCACCGAAGAACCAGACGGGUCAACUCUCCACACUGUAUCCAUCUCUCAGAUGUGUUACAAAGUCGGUAGGAUCACUGUUCCGCCGGUCAUGGUGUUUGCUUCAAAUGGGAUGUCUGGGCCACCGCCUCCAACGUCAGAACUGCAGCAACAGGCAUCUGAGAGGUACUCACAUACGAAUCCACCACCGCAUUGGAGAUACGUAAGAGAGAAGUCGGUUAAGCAAAUGAACGAGUUGUUCAAGGGCGGGUGGAAGUCUACUCCGCCUGAAGAGAGAUGGUGGGAACAGGCGAUGGGGAGCAUUGCUGAGGAGAAGAGGUUGGAGAGGUUGGAGGUUUUGGGGAGGUUAAGGAAGGCUAUGGAAGGUAUGAGGGAUAUGCGGUAGAGAUGUAGUGGGGCAUCUAUUGGAUAUAUAUAUUAAAUAGAAUUAGAAUUCUCUGUCGAGGCCAGGAUACGGGCUCUUACAUUCCUUCACAGUUUACGAUCAGUUAAUAGCCAAUCUUGAUUUACAAGUCAGAUGUAAA